AUGCAGCUCUGGCAAUUUACUGUUCGCGCGAAUGCCAAAUCAAGGCAUGGAGGGAACGGGGGCACCGCGAAGACUGCAAGUCGAGUUUGGGAGACAUAUGGCAAGGGAGAUCGAAAAUGGCGUGAAAAGGCAAAUUUAAUAUAUUUGCAACAUCUUUUCACCCAUGACGCCAAAAAGGAGAUGCCCAACCUCCACCGUUUGGCGUCGGAGCUCUACCCGGCUACCCCAAUGGCCGACCUUAUGAUUGUCAUCAAGUAUCCCACACGAGGCAGGGAGAAAACAGCUACAGUGGGCGAAGAAACAUCUCAACCAGUGCAUGAGAGAAUUAGGUGUGGAGGUUCAACGUUCCACUGUCAGCGAGGUGUGUGCUAUCGUUCCAACAAACCUGUGGUGCGGUCAACCUCGCCAAGUCGGCGACCCCGAUGA